AUGAAUUUCGGCCCAUACCAGACGCUGAUCACGACACCCGAAGAUGUCACCCAGGACACGUUCAUCUACCUUCUCAUCUGGCUGCUCCUCGCCACGUCGACGAUGAUCUGUUUUGUGUGGACAUUUCCCGCUCAACAACGGCAGCCGCCCUUGGAUCUGGGGGCGAUUAGGCCGCUUGAUAGUCGAACGCAAAAUUUUACCUUAUUUUCGUACCCCCAAUCGGUGCCCUACCAAUUGGACAGCCUGGCCGGCGAUGGGCGACCCGUUCCGCCCCGGAAAUGGCUUGAUGAGAAGGACAUUGCCUUUCUGAAGCACAACAUGCCCUCCACCCCCAUUCGUCACUUCAUCCCCACCAAGGACGAGGCGUUGCUGCUCUACAGGGCCGCCGCCCCGCGCACCCCCCAAUUCUACGGCCACCAGAAGACGCUCUUCGAUGAACGCUUCGGCGUUGCGGCAAAGACGAGCAAGGAAAGCAGAGAAUCCGGGCAGGGCGGCACGCCGAAAAAGAAGAAGUCCAAAAAGUCUGCGUGGGAUCAGCUGAGCGCCGUGGCCAAGACAUCGUCGCAGGCGCUGCUCAGCCGAAACCGGAAGCCGGCCGUUGAUCCCGCUGCCGCUGAU